GUUCCGAUGUGGGCAACCAAUUCGGUCUUUCCUGGCACAGCAUGAACGGCUUCCAGCAGCAGCAGCGCUACAACCGCGAGCAGCAGGACGCCGACCUCGACGAGGUCCUCGUCGGCGCGCGCCAUCUCAACAACCAUGCCAAGGCCAUCAACGGCGAAGUCAUCUCGCAGAACCACCUCAUCGACAACCUCGGCGACGACGUCGACGCGGGCGCGGCCGAGCUGCGCUUCCAGGCAGAGAAGGCCGCGCUUAUCAACGCCCAAAAGAAGAAGAUGUGCUGGUACUAUGGCAUCAUUGCGAUCCUGAUCGUGAUCCUCAUCGUCUUAUAUGCAGUGCCGCUGUAAACGACGUCAACGACACGUUCCUAGCGUCUGACAGAUCGAUCCUUCCUAUAUACUACCACCAAUGCACCUCCAUCACCACUCUUGUCGUCUUCAUCUACAUCACGGCGC